AUGGAGCUGAUCUACAAUAAGACUCAUCAGUUUUAUGAGGGAAUUUUAGCUGAGGAAAAAGCUGAGAUGAAUGAAAGAUUUGAUAAAUUAGACUGGGAUAUUGAUAGACUGAGUAGGAGAACGGAGGCUGUAGACCCUAAGGGACAUGAGGAUGUUGAGGCUGUUGAAGUAAGGGCUGAGAUUGUUGGGGAAGAUGUUGCGGGAGUCGAUUCUAACUCAGUUCUAGACAUGGAUUUCGAUGAGGAGGAUCCCAAGGAGGAUCCAGAGGAUGAUUCCGAGGAGGAUCCCGAGGAGGAUCCAGAGGAUGAUUUCGAGGAGGAUCAAAAGGAGGAUUCUGAAACAGAUCCUGAGGAGUAG